AGAAUCGGCUCAGUGACUCAACAUGGCCGAGCCGGAGAACACGUCCGUCUCUCCCCUUCGUUCUUUGGACGAUUUCCUUAUGGAAUCUGCUAGAUUCCAGAUUCCAAACUUUAAGGAUGGAGACAAAUGGGCAAACAGAGUCAUCCAGAACCUCCUUUACUACCAAACAAAUUAUUUCCUGACGUACUUCGUCAUAUUUGCCGUUGUUGGUGUAAUCCAUCCCACCAAGAUGUUCUGUGGUAUGCUGGCUGUGGGCUUAGCCUUUGGGCUCUUCUAUUACCUGACCAACAAUAAACAGCCUGCCGUUCAGUUCAAGAAGGACCACCCGAUCCUCUCCCUGCUCUUCCUCAUCCUGGGCACCUAUUUCAUUGUGUACUUGUUGGGUUCUGUGGUGGUCUUUCUCAUGGGUAUCUUCUUGCCAUUAGUAUUCAUCUUCAUCCAUGCCUCCAUGAGACUGCGCAACCUCAAGAACAAGCUGAUGAACAAGAUUGAAUACAUCGGCCUGAAACGUACUCCUAUGGGGGUGAUCCUUGAUGCUCUCGGCCUGGAGCAGGAGUUCAUGAUUUCCAGGUUGAAUCUCGAGGGGUCCAAGUUGAAUUUCGAGGGAAGUGCCAAAAUCCUAGAGACUUUCAACAAGCUGUCUGGCUACCAAUAACGGCGGACACUUAUACGAGCAUGAUUUUGCCAGCUGUGCCACUUCUAACCUCUUUGUUAUUGUUUUCUUUUUAUUCACAUGAAUCAUGCAUGAUUUGUCAGCAUUGUCACCCUGAUUAGUAAUUUAUAUUUAGCCAUGCCUGACUUUUUGAUUCAUUUUUAGCUUCUAUUUUUUAAUUGUCUCUCUCUCUCUUUUUCCACUAGGAAAUGGAAAACAGUGUUACUAUGCAUAUUUGGAUGUCAUUCAUAAUCACAAAUCAUUAGAUAUUUACUAUUGUCUAUGAUAUAUAUUGUGUGUGGGGUGGGGUAGGGGUUUGAAUCAUUAUUUUAUUCUCUGGAACUUUUGACUAUUUAAUACUCACAUUUUGUAACAAUCAUUGAUAGACUGGUGGAGGCAACAUAUAUGGAUAUAGAUUUCAUGUAAUUAAAGGUUGUAACAGUUAUAUUUAACCCAUUGCCGAUGGGUGAUUUCCCGAUACUCAAGCCCUGUCUCCUGGGUUGUAUUCAUAGUGGCCUGGGCCCCACUGCUGGGGCUCGUGUCAUCACCCUAGCGUGCAUGGCAUGACCAUACAUGCCCCUGGAAUAUGGGAUUGGUGCACCAUGGCAUUUAUGCACAUGCCACCCGGAAUAUAGUCCAGGCAUGCCAUGGCAUGUACAUACAUGCCACCCGGCGGCAAAGGGUUAAAGUAGUUUAUUCCACGGCUAAGGGUUAAAGUAGUUUAUUCCUUUUUUUUUUAUCAUGCUAUUGAAUAGAAAUCUAAGACUGCCAAUCAAGUAUUGUUUACCUGUGUAAUACACACCAUAGUUGUCAUAUUUCCAUUCAAAACAACUAGUCCAACCUGGUGUGUUUGAAAUCCAAGUAAUUAUCAUUGCAAGAGUACCACUGAAGAAGAUUUGCAUAUGACGUCUCAAAUCAUAGCAUUCAUUUCUCAAAUAAUUUCCAAUCUGUGCAGUAUUAUGAGGUUACAGUAGCAUUAACUUAGAGUUUAUGAUGUUUUUUUCUUCUCCUUUUUCUUCUAUUUAUCUUAUUCGGUAGACUUUUGGAUUACCUGUUAUUUAUGGGAAGCUGUUGUUUGCUUCAUAUAGUCUGCAGUAAACAAACACAAGACAUUCAGAUUUUAAUGCUGUAGAAAACAGAAAAAAUGGGAAAGACAGUACUGUCUUCUAUCUAAGAUUGUGAAAGUUGAUCUGAAGUGUUUAAUUUAUUGAUUUUAAAAGAUGGUCCCCAGUAUGUUUAGUAGAUGCUGUAUAGGAUACCCAUGGGUAUUGUAGGGAUAAUUCACCAAGUAAAUUUAGGGUGAUUUCAACUGAACUACAGAAUGUCAUGAAUUAGUUAAAGAAAAGUAAAUGGAAAAUAAAAAGUAUAUAUAAAGAUUAUGUCUAAAGAAAAGUGUAUAUUUUUAAGUGGUACUUAAGCUUUUCCUCCAUUGUGAUUUGAAUUGGCAUUUUUGAGAGUUUUGUAGUACAGUGAUUUUGGAAAAGGGAUUUAUGUACAUGUCCUUUUCACUAUGGUUAUUAUAUUUUUUGCGGAAGUCUGUAAGUUCCUGGAUAAAUAAAUAGGUUAAAAUAAUG